GACAGCGAAAUGAUGGCUCCACCGAAAUAUCCACCGAAGAAAAAUAAACCUAAAGGCAAAGAGAAUACGGUCGCUAAUGCAAAAGAUAAGAAACGUCCAAGUGAACAUGAUAAUGAAGCGAGCGUUAAAAGAGGAAAAACAGAUAAUAAUGAUGAUACUAUUAAAGCUUCAACUUCGAAAACUAAACUUAAACCACCUAAUAAAGUUAAUGCAAUAGAAUUAAAUGUUACAAAAGCUAAGAAAACAAAUGAUUUGCAAUUAAAUGAUAUUGAAAUUGAUGAUAAUGCAUCGAAGGACAAAGUAGAAGGUAAUCCUGUAAAUGCAGGUUCGAAAACAUCUAAUGAAGUUCUCAUAUCGAAAAGUAAUUCAUCUAAUGCUAAGAAAGAAGCAAAAAUGGUCGCAGAUAGUGAAAAGUCAAACGUCAAUGUUGCUAGUACAAAAAACGCUAAUAAAAAUGAUAACACAGAUAAAAACAACAGUAAUAAAACUAAGAAAGUUGCCACAGAUAAAAAUAUUGAAACAGUUAACAAAAAAGAUGGUAUUUCUGAUGUUAAUAAGAAGGCUGUUGAUAAAAUUAAAACUCUUAAAACAAAAUCGAAAACUCAAGAUGGCUUACAGGUUAAGAAAGCUAAAUUAACAGAAACAGAGUCCAUGAAUACAGUUGAUAAAUCGAAACAUAUCAAAAAAGUAAAUACAGAUAAAACAAAAUAUUCACAAACAAAUGACGUCACUAAAUCAAAUAAUGAAGCAAAAAACUUAAAUCCUAACCGAAGUGCAGAGAAAAAAAAAGAAAAAAAUUUAGCAGAACGUUUUUCUAAAAACAAAAUUGUUACAAAUAAAAAUGUCAAUGAAAAAAUAAAUAAUAAAAUUAGCUUAAAUAAUAAAAGUAAAGCUAUAAACAAGAUAAAUAAGAUUGUUAGUGGAAAAACAGUUGAUACGAACUCAAAGAUACCCCAAAAGAGACCGUCUUCUGAAAAUAUUAAGAAGAAUCCGUUAAGGAUUAGUCCGAGAAAACCACAAUCCAAUAUGGCGGUGGAACAAGACAGUUCGAAAUCUUCCGUUAAAAGUUUACAGAAACCCGUUACAAAUAUACCGAGAUUACUAAAGAAACCCCUAUCAAAACCGAAGCCAGUUACAUGAAGAAAAUCUGAUAUGUAUGAGAAAAUAAACGUAAAAUAUGUUUUGUUCUUGUCUCUCCUGUAAAUAAUCCGAGUAAAAGAGAGUGACAAUCAUUUCCCGAAGUAAGUUAUGAAAGAAAAUUGUUAUGUUUGAUUAAAAUGUUUGAUAUGAUUGUUUUGUCCUUUUUUCUCCAUUAAAUGUAUUAUGUGUGUGAAAGAGAGAGAAUUUAUUGUGUGUAUGAGUACUAAGUAUUGUAUAAAUAACGUUAAAUGUUGCAGGAUGACUUAAUAAUGUUUGUUUUACGGCCUGACUACUGACUUCUCUCUUUCUGUCAUUAUUGAAUUGACAUUUGAAAAAAAAAGACAGCAUUGUUUAAUUAAUCGCCCGCUAAUAUAAGUAAGGACGUUUAUUUUUAAUUUUAAUGAAUUUUUAAAUAAAUUGUAUGUAUUGA